AUGGGUGUGUGCUAUGGAUGUGACAAAAGUGGACAUCAAUUGAAAGAUUGUCCAACUUGUGCGGCCAAAGGAAAAGAGGGUAACCAAGCUACACCAAGUGGUUCUAAUGUCGAUGCUCCCAAGAAGAACCGCUUCUAUGCUCUCCAAUCUAGAAAUGAUCUAGAGGGGUCCCCGAACGUUGUUACCGGUAUAUUGCAAGUAUUUUCAAUUGAUGUUUAUGCAUUAUUAGACCCUGGUUCCACUUUCUCUUUUGUUACUCCUUUUGUGGUAAUGAAAUUUGAGGUACCUCCCGAAGAAUUAAAAGAACCUUUUUCCGUGUCUACCCCGGCAGGUGAAUCAGUUGUAGCUAAAAGAGUGUAUAGUAUAUCUCCUAUCUCUUUGCCUUAUAGAGUCACUUUGAGGUGCAUCUAUCAUAUUGUAAGGGUUAAGGACAUUGAGUCCGAGACCCCUCCUUUAGAGUUGGUCCCCAUAGUGAGGGAGUUUUCGAAAGUCUUUCCUGAUGGAUUGCCCGCAAUUCCUCCCGAACGGGAAAUAGACUUCGACAUUGAUCUUUUGUCGGAUACUCAACCCAUAUCAAUUCCCCCUUACCAGAUUGCUCCAGCCAAAUUAAAUUAA